UCGUCAGCAUCGUUUGCACUCUGUUCAAACCUCUUCUCCCGCGAGAAGUGUGUCUCCUGAACCUGGAACAGCGGCUGGCAGUGCUCCACUCCCAGAAGCAUCUGUCACGCUCUCUACCUCCCGCAAGCUGACCACAUCCUCCUUCGGUUCCGGAUCACGAGCCGCACGUCCAAUUCACCCCUCCUCCGAGCAAAGAGCACAGCUUCCGCCCACAUCACCGCCACAUGAUCUUUCGACCUCACUGAUCUUCUUGCCAUCAUUUGGCACACCACAACCAAAAUGUCCACCGACGGCAGUGUUCAGACAGCCGAGGGCAGCUCACGCAAGCGACUUAAGAUAUCUCGCACCGCAGGCAGACCCGUAGGCACCACGCUGCUCGACCCGAUAGCCAUCAAAUCGGACUCACCUGCCAAAGUGGCCGUCACCGAUGAUGCUCAGCCGAAGGAGGAGACCAUCCAGCAGAAUUGUCACCACGAACAGUCCCUCCGCAAACUUCACACCGACCUCGACGACAUGCGACAUAUCAUCACUUGCAAAGUGUGCCAGCGCUUCCUUUACGAGCCUUACACUCUCACGUGCGGCCAUACCUUCUGUUACAGCUGUCUUUCGCAGUGGAUGGGUCAGAAUCACAAGAAAACGUGCCCGGACUGCCGCACGAUCGUUCGAGAGCAGCCAACCCCAGCAUAUCUGAUCAAAGAGAUGGUCUUCAUCUUCGUCAAGCGGAGCGAACUUCUACCUGACGGGGAGACAUCAGAAGAGCACUACCAGAUGGCGAAUGAAGAGGCGGAGAUCGUGACAAGGGACAAGGCGAAUGUGGAUGAUUCAAAAGGCGGACUGUUCAUGGGUGCUUUCAAGCGCAGCUUGAGGCGACCUUUGCAGGCAAUACAUGACCCUAGCGAUCACGUCGACAGGUGUCCGCAGUGCUUGCAUGAGGUGGAAGAUGGACAUUGCAACAAUUGCAACGUGAGGGUGCGCACGGAAUUUGAUGACUCGGACUACAUGAGUAGCGACUCUGGCGAGGAUGGGGAAGAGGAGGAGGACAGUGAUGUAGAUCAUGAGCUGGCGCAGGACCACCCUGGUUAUGUUGGCUUCCAAUAUCCAGACCCAGACUCAGAUGCCACCUUGGACGAUGAUGAGAUUCGUCCAGGACCAGAUGGGUACAUCACUGCAGCGGACAUGCAAGAGCUACGGAAUCAGGGUUACAGUACACCACCAAAUGGUGGCUACAGCUCCGACGACGACGAGGAAGAUCCGGAGAUGGAGGGCUUCAUCGAUGAUGAUGUCGUACAGUACGACACCGGCGAGGACAAUCUGUCGGAUGCAUCAGUGCAGGAACAAGCUGCGCCGAGGCGACAGAGGAGGAAUGCUCCGGUCGUCUUGUCGGAUGAUGACGAUGAAGAUGAUGAUGUGCAAGUCCAAGUUCCCAACCGGCGACGUUUGGUCACUCGAAGGCCAGCACGUCAGUCUCCUGUCGAGAUCGUCGAUGACUCUUCAAAUUCUGAUUCGGACGAUGAGCCGGUGCAGCGGAAUAGCCAGCGGCCGCGAGCGAGAGUCUCGAGAGCUGUCAGUAUCUCGUCAAGUGAAGAGUCGUCUGAUGAUGGCGAAGAUGACGGCGCGACUCCCCGACGUUACAACUUUUCUCCAGUGGACGAUGAAGAAGAGGAGAUGCAACGCGCGAUGCACAACUCCAUUCACCCAGAUAGCGAAGAGAGCAACGAUGACAGCGACGACCAGUCAGAAGUCGUGCAAGGCGAAGGCGAAGGCGAGGAAGACAGUGACGGGUCUGACGAAUCGGAUGAGCAGAGUGAGACUGAUCGGUGGGCUUUGUCCUGCCAAUUGUCGAAGCCCAAGCAAUGCUAA